CCGCCGCAAAUUAGUGAUAGGAGCGUGACGAACGCGGAGUGAGUGCGUACUGAAAAUAAACAGAGAGUAGUGGAGUGGUGACAAGAGCGCGGGUCGAAUGAUGUCUUCGCCGAAUAAAAAAGCCAAGGAAUUGGAGGAUCCGGGUUCAGGCGAGGGCGUCGAGUCGCGAGAUUAUGACAUUGAAAUACAGAAGACGCUGGAGGAGAUUGACGGGUGUCAGAAUCAAAUCGAUGGCCUCAAUGAGAAAGCCAGCGAUGAAAUUCUCGAAGUCGAGAAGAAGUAUAAUAAGUUGCGUAAGCCCUACUUCCAGAAACGGAAUGACAUUAUCAAGAGGAUACCCAAUUUUUGGGUCACCGCAUUUGUAAACAAUAAAGAAAUAGCAGAAAUAUUAGAAGAAGACGAAGAGGAUGUGCUUCGAUUUUUAAACAAAUUAGAGGUUGAAGAAUUCGAAGACAUUAAAUCUGGUUAUAGAAUCAAUUUCCACUUUGAUGCAAAUCCGUAUUUCGAGAACGACGUUCUUACCAAGGAAUUUCAUUUAGGUUCUUCUGGAGAUCCAGCAUCUCAAAGUACACCUAUCCGUUGGAAAGAAGGUGCCGAUCUAACGAAAAGAGCAAAAACCAAAGCCCCGUUGAAAGGACGCAAAAGGCCGCUAAAACACAGAUCAUUCUUCGACUGGUUUACGGACCAUGGAGACCCCAGUUCAGAUGAAAUAGCAGAGUUAAUUAAAGAUGAUAUGUGGCCUAAUCCAUUGCAGUAUUACUUGGCGCCAGAUAUGGAUGUUGAAAAUGGAAUCGAAGGAGACGGCGAAGAUUGUGACACGGAAGAGGAGGAGGAAGAAGAUGAUGGUGGUGCGGAUGACGGCGACGAAGCAGGUGAGGGCGAAGAAGGAGAUGAUAGUAUAGUUGUGGUCGAAGACGAUGUGGAUGAAGACGAAGAAGAAGAAGAGGCUGUGAACGACGAAGAUGAUGGAGUAAACGAAGAAGAUGAUCUGUUAGUCGACGAUGAAGUGGAUCGCGAAGAUGGCGACGGAGAGGAACCAGAAUAGAAUUAAAAGUUGAUUUUUCGCAACAUCGGUUACAGUCAUAGAUAUUCAGAAAUAAUCACUGAAAAUACACAUCAGAUUGGUUGAAAAUAGAUGAAGUUUGCAGGACUGAUUACAUUGAGCCAUAUGAAUAAAUCUCGGGAUAAGUUUUCAAAACUUAAGUAGGAAACUUUAACUGAAUUCAGCAGACCUCUUUUGGCGCAAAAGGAUACCGGGUGUAUAAAAGUACAAUAUUUAUUCAAUUGUGCUGAAAGUAAUCGAGGAGAAGACGGUCUGGAUAAGUUAGAUAGGUUUCACUUUGCACUUUGUUCGGAAAUAGUGCCAGGAUACAGUACGAAUUCCUUAGUUAUAUUCAUAUGGCCUAGUCAUUCUCUAUUAUAGCGGACAUACGAUGAAGAACACCUGUUCAGUUUGAUCGUGUCAUAAGUACAUUAAGAAUAAAAUAAAUUAUAAAAUAUGACGGGGUACGGAACACGUGUUCUUUUCGGCUUGUUCCAUCACGAAAAUCUAUUCCAUCGCGUUACUUCCAGAACGAGGUGUUUUAGUUAUUUUUGAGAGUGACAAUAUCACAAUUAUAUGUCGAGAUUUACAGAAUAUCAUUUUUUCUCAUCGAAAGGUGUGUUAUUUUUAUUUGUAAAAGUACUGGAAAACGAUUAAUCUAUUAUCAGAUUAUAGUCACGGUUUAUUUAAUAGUAUAGAAAUGUAAAAGCGGCGGAAACUAUGAAGAACUUUUUAUUUUAAUUGUUUUGAAUAUUUUGACAAACUUUUAACAACAUAUCGCUAACGAUUACAAUUUUAUUAAUGUAGCAGUUUAUUUUUACUGGGAGGUGAUACGUAUACGAAUGUAAAAAAACCUAAAUAUCAUCAUGCUUUUUUAUUACGAUUACAAUUUUGUUACCUACACGAUGCAAGAUUAAAAAUUUACUCUCUUGAUAAGUGUAGAAAGUUUUGAUAAAAACAUCAUUCUUUGUUACACGUUUAUUUUCAUUACAAAGAUAUUCGAACUUUAUAAAACGAAUGCGAUAUUUGCAAAUAUUUUUGUAUACGGUGCAGGUCAAAUGUAAAAAGUGUAUAUCGUCGCGAUGUUCUUUCUUUAAAAAAACAUUGUACGCCCGACUAGCAAUGUGUAUAACACGACAUCCGUUUAAUUAAA